AUGCUGCUGCCUGGACCGCUGCUGCUGGCUGGAUCGCUGCUGCUGGCUGGAUCACUGCUGCUGGCUGGACAGCUGCUGCUGGCUGGACCGCUGCUGCUGGCUGGACCACCGCUGCUGGCUGGAUCACUGCUGCUGGCUGGCUGGCUAGACCUCUCUGCAGCGCUUCUGCUGGCUGUACCACUGCUGCUGGCUGGAUCGCUGCCACUGGCUAUAAAACUGCUGCUGGCUGGAUCGCUGUUACCGGCUGGACUGCUGCCGCUGGCUGGAUCGCUUCUUCUGGCUGGACCACUGCUGCUGGCUGGAUCACUGGUGCUGGCUGGACCACUGCCACUGGCUGGAUCGCUGCUGCAGGCUGGAUUGCUGCUACUGGCUGGACCGCUGCUGCUGGCUGGACCCCUACUGCUGGCUGGACCGCUGCUGCUGGCUGGUUCGCUACUGCUGCCUGGACCGCUGCUGCUGGCUGGAUCGCAGCUGCUGGCUGGACGGCUGCUGCUAGUGGGAUCGCUGCUGCUGGCUGCAGCGCUGCUGCUGUCUGGACCACUGCUGCUAGCUGGAUCAUUGCUGCUGGCUGGACCACUGCUACUGGCUGGAUCGCUUCAGCUGGCUGGUCCGAUGCUGCUGGCUGGAUCACUGCUGCUGGCUGGAUCGCAGCUGCUGGCUUUAUUGCUGCUGCUGGCUGACCCGCUGCUGCUGGCUCGACCACUGCUGUUGGCUGGUUCACUGCUACUGGCUGGACUGCUGCUGCUGGGUGCACCGCUGCUGAUGGCUGGACCACUGUUCCUGGUGCGCUAG